AGCGCGUAUUACGUUGGUAGCACUGUCUGUGCUUUUUUCACAGCAAGUUUCACUCGCCCAUCACACGAUCGCACCACAACCAUACGUUUCAUUCGACGUAGGUCGCGUGAUCGCCAUCUUCGCAUUUUCCAAAUUCGAAGAUGUUUUUCAAAACAAUGAUUCUUAAUUUUUCCUUCGCAUACUCCUAGAGGUAGGCUUGCAGUAAAUCUGCCCAGCAACAGUUGCAAUAGAGCUUGUCCUUCAUCCUGUCACCGAAGUUCAUCUCAACAAUCACUUUCUCUAACCAUAUUAACCUGCUGGAGACACAUUCAAAGCAAAUAACCCUUACCGAGAAGUAAAAAUGGAUUCAGACAAAUCGAUUGGUGCAACUGGAAUAGCAAUCCCGAAUUGGAUGAAGCAGAAAAUUGGUGAUCGCUAUGACCUGGAUGACUCGUCCGCUUUUUCGCCGCCUUCCCAAGACGACGCUUUCUUCUACAUUCGCUACCCCAAGACAACAGCCAGACCCCAAUCGCAGACAAACUACCACAAGAUAAACAAGUACCUGGAAGCACAGCAGCAAUCUGAAACAGUGGCCAGUACAGCUGCUAUGUCAACAAAGAGAGCUCCAGCUGAGAAUAUCACCACGAGCUCUGGUUUCCCGAAAUCGAUCGCCUCGCAGAUGCCUCCGCAAAUGAACACCACCUUGGAUAUUGAAUUCGAUCCUGAGCAGCCGCCGCCAAACCUGUCGCACAGGCGUGGCAGCAAAUCCCUGCCAACCUCGCCGUUGUCCAGCCCGAAGAGCUCGAGGAAGGCGCUGCAGAACCGCUAUUUCACGGCCGCUUUCUCCACCCCAGAACCGUCGUCCGCCGCAGGUUACUCCGGGUGGAUUCUCAACAGCCUGCUCGGCCCUCGGGAGCAUUCGGUCGAGCCUGCGCUUCCGCCGAUCAGCGAGAGCCCCAGCAGCUCAGUGGCCGUUGCUCCUCCACCACCCGCGGCUUCGGCCCAGCUGGCGGUUCCGGAUAAAGGCCUGCGCAAGGUCAAGUCUGCCGCCGCGUUGAGCGACGAUGACGAAAAAGACGGCGAGAAAAAGAAGCUGCCCAUACAGCCCAUACUGGCGGAAGCUAAGAAAAUACAGGCAUACAAACCGAAACCAUCAGAGCUGCGGGAAUUGAAUUUUUGGUCCCCAACCUCGAUGUAAGACACGCCAACAUUUCCUUGAUUUGAUCUGCAUUCGAGAGUAACAUUUUUGAAGACAAGGCUGAUUAGAACAAACGUUAAUUGGGGUUUGCUUCAGUUUUUAAGUUGCUGCAUUUUGACAAAAUUGUAUUUUUGCGCAAUCAGAUGGUAAUAUUUCUCUAACCUCCAGACAACCCGUUAUCACUCUUAUCUAUAAACUUAAAAUGCCUGACUUAGAUUAUUUUAACUCAAUAAUUGCUGUUGUCAAAACAACCUUGUAUAAUAACAACAACAACUAACUGCUGGGCAACAUUUUUGCAAUUAUUUUUGUGUUUAAAGAGUAGGGGUGGUUUGUUAUUAGUCACUAUGGUUCAUAACCCUUGUUUUGAGUUCUUAUUUUUGUGAUUAGAAAUUGCAUCGGAUUUCUUAGCUAAGGCUUGUAGCAACAACCUAAAUAAACAUACUUAAACGAAAAA